CAGAAGGAGCGAGGACGGUCCGUCAUACCUCACCCACCACCAGAAGUGUGAAAGCCGUCAGCAAAACCGACAACAGGAACCGUCGAUAGUGUUGAGACAGACAGCAGCUUCUCCAGCACGCCCACCGGAACAACUACGAGUGUCGAGCAACCAACUCACAACCCAACUCUCUCUUCCACCCACGCCACGAACCCGUCACAAUGGCCAGCUUCGAAUUCGGCAAAUUCGACUACUUUUGCAACCAAAUAGCCCUCAGUCUGUGUCCGCUGGUCGGCUCAGAGACCGGGAUAGAGCCGAUAUGUUACUCUAGGAACAUUGAGAUGGGGAAGCUGCUCAUUUUUGAGCCAGCAACUCUCGUAAUACAUAUCAUCGCUCUGUUCAUGACAGGCAUCAUGAUCUACCACAUCAAGACAAAGUAUACCGCCGUCGGACGAAAGGAAAUCGUUAUGUUCUUUUACAUGUACUUCCUCACCAUUAUCCUCGAGUUCUUGGUCGUGUCUGGAAUCAUACAAACAGCUCACGCAUCGUAUCCAUACUUUGCAGCAGCACAUAUCGCCAUGAUCAUUACAACCUUAUGGUGCCUAUUGCUCAACGGUUUCGUCGGAUUCCAGUGGGCUGAGGACGGCACGCCAUUGUCACUCUGGAGCAUCCGCAUCAGCUCCCUCGUGAUCUGGGGUCUGAGCUUCUUUAUCAACAUCGCCACCUUCACCAAGAUGCCCGGAUUCAGCAAAACCGACCCAACGGCUCUGUUCGUCUUCUACUUUGUGUUUUCCGUGGCUUUCAUCUUGAUCUACGUCGUGCUCCAGAUCGUGCUGGUCGUCAACACCCUGGAUGACCGAUGGCCUCUAGGCGACAUCCUCGUCGGCUUCGCGUUCUUCGUGGUCGGCCGCAUCUUCGAAUUCGUCCUCUCCACCAAAAUCUGCGACAUGGCCAAACACUACGUCGACGGCAUGUUUUUUGGCACUAUCUGCUCCCUCCUCGCCGUCAUGAUGGUCUACAAAUACUGGGACUCGAUCACGAAGGAGGACCUCGAGUUCUCUGUGGGCGGCAAAUCGAACGUGUGGGAGAUCCGCGACCCGUUGCUCAGUGAUGAUCGGUUGGCGGCGAUGGGACGGGAUGAGGCGGGACAUGGACACCAGCAGGGGCGCAUGUACGAUGUUAGGUAUUAGGAGCUUUUAUGUGGGGAUAGCUGGAUCCACCUGUGGACUUGGACAGGAUAGGACUUUGGCGCCGUUGACAGAAAGUUAUCCGGAGCAAAUUGUCGUCCGCCUGCCCGCGUUGUAGUGCCCUUCUUAAGUGUAUUUACCACAUCCCUUUUACCUACUGGAAUCCCUUCCCUUCCUACCUUUCCUGUGCACAUUCUUUUGUUUCUCGUUUGUACUUUCGUUUUCCCUAUCCCCCUGUUAUGCUCCCUGUUCUUGUCCAUAUAAUGGAAAUAAUAUAAACGUCUUCGUGUGUAGUUCCGGCAGCCGAGCAUA